AUGAUCGACGAGGUCUGGGAGGUCUCUUUUAGCGAGAGAAAGCGUAUUGCAAGUGUUCUCUCCUUUCUUCGACGGUGUGAAUGUCCCUACAUUGGCCGUCCUGCUGUGCGUAUGUACGGUGAGGGAAAUUUACAGAGAGAUAUGAAGGAAGAAGCUUGGGCAUCGCCUCUUCUUAUUCUUCUCUCAUAUCAAUUGUCGGAGCCUCAUAUCACACUGCACCGAUUUCUUCAGACGGAGGAAGGCCGUCGCCGCGAGGUAAAGCUGUCCUUGGCGUACCAACUUGUCCAAGCUUUUUCUUUUCUUCAUGCCUGUGGAGUGAGCCAUCAGUUUCUUUCCUCUGACGUGGUGUUGGUGGAGGUGGAACCAGAGCCGACCAUUCGUGUUAUACACUUUUGCGGCAGCACAACUUCAUCUGACUGUAGUGGCUCUUACAUUUGCGUGCGGAAUUACAGACCACCAGAGGUGGUUCUACAGCUCAGCGGCAUUAAGUCGAAGGCGGUGGACUGCUGGGCGUUGGGUUGUCUACUGUUUGAGAUAUACACCGGCUCCGCCGCCUUCUCACUGGAAGAGUCGGCCGGCAACUUUCGGCCGCAGCUUGUCAGGAAACAAUUAGAAGAGACCGUGAGGGUCAUUGGUCGUUUGAAAAAGGACAGCAUCCCGCCUGGGUGCCCAGACCGUGUUUCCGAGUAUCUCCUAGGGCUCAAUUAUGAUGCAUCUUUUUCUUCUCGCAUGCGAUUGGCUGGUCCGGAAGAUGAGGCGGAGAUGUGGAUUAUGAUGAUCAGACCGCUGCUCCAAUUUAACUUUCACCUGCGCCCACCUGUGAGCGAGCUGCUUCGGCACAGGGUCUUCGCAGGUAUGCCACUACCUGUUGCCUGGCCGGUGCCUGACGGGAAUCCAUUACAGUUGCAGGAGCUAAUUGGUUGA